UCCUUUCGACUAAGCAUGAUUCUUUUUUUUUCUUGGUGUAAAAUGUUCAUAUUGUUCGUAAUUUUAAUUUGAUUUAGAUUUCCAUGUUAUUUUUCUGAAACGAAGGUUAGACUUUCUCUUCCAAAUUGAAAUUAAAUUUAUAAAUUUAUAAAUUGCAUUAUACCCACACAGCACACCUGAGAAUAUCCUGAAUUAUCCCAGAUUUUUAAAUGCGACCCCACAGAUAUCCCGGUGUCCGGGAUAUUCCAAUAGGAUAUCUCACGAUAUCCAAAUAUCCUAUUAUACGUCAUAAUGUAAUCGGCUUAAACGUUAUCUCAGAUCACUUGCAGAAGCGAAUCCUCGAAAUAACGAAUUCGGCCGGUGGAUUUGCGCGCGCGAAUGACGGAAAGUUGUAUAUAUCAAAAUUGUAUAUAAACAUCAAACAGACCAAAAUAUACACAGUCUGGCGUGUAACCUUGAGAUACAGGAUGAUGCUAAAGGAAUCUCGAUCGUUCAAGUUAACAACCAGUUUUUCCUUCGCUUCUGCGAGUGUGCGCGAAAGUGCAGCAUGAUAAAUGCAACGAUGUCAAAGUCCGGUUAAAAUUGCAGUAAUAUUAUCGACGCAAUUAGAAAGCAAAAAAAACAUGGUAUUUAAUAGCUUGUAGGCGAUGUUGCAUUAUGUACAGCAACGGUGUAAUGAAUAGAAAACAUUCUCACAAUAUGAAGAUAAUAGUGUGACGACGCGAUGACGACGCGUGAACUACGGGAGGCCUCGUUCUGUGAAAUCCAGGAAUCGUUGCGAGGGAACGCUCGUUUCACGACAAGAAUGUCGCAGCAAUCCUUCUCUUCCUCUUCAUCUUCUUCCUCCGGUCCUUCGGCGAACGAGGACGCGAGAAACACGUCGGACUUGUCGUCGCAUCGACGUCGUUCCCCGGAAUCGGUGCUGUCGCCGCAAGCGGACCUGCUGUUGCUGUGCCGUGAGAAACUCAGCCCCGAGAUCGUGCCAAAACUCCCCCGAAUAAACCCGGAAGAUGAAUGUGAGAACGUGGAAGAAAUCGUCACGCGGAAGCUCGAGCGAUCGAAGACGUUGUUCGAAGCGGCGAAGCAAGUAGACCUGCUGCUGUGCUGCCACGAACAGCCGAGUCUUGAGUUUUCCAAGAUAAAAAAGCCGGACGCUACCAGGACGGACGACGAGGACGAUGCGAAAGUCGUGUACGGAAAUCGCUACGGACUUAAACGAACGGACAGUUGUUGCUUAACGAACGAUACGCUUUCGACGAUGAUGAACGACGAUCUCGCAGGGAGAGAGAUGAAAAAUUGCCUGAACGAUCGACAGUUCAGAUCGGCAGUUACGACGAACCGCUGCUGUACCAUCAUUGAGACGACCUCGCGGCUCGAUACAGCGGUCGAUGAAUCGCCGAACGAGUACACCGUGGAACCGGCGGGCUUUCCGAGUUUGCGAGAAGACAGACACGGCUGUGAGUUUGAUCGCAACGACGACGCGCAAUCGUCGCCGUUCGACGAGUUCGAGCGGUUUAGGUCGCCGAUUAGCGAGAACAUUGACGAACAUAACAGGAUGAUGUAUGAGGAUAAUGCGAACGAGAGAUCGAAUAACGAGGACAAAAGGCGUGACGUGACGAGCGAAAGAGACGGUAGGUCGCCUUUAGCCGCGAAUUGGCGCGAAUUUCGACGGGUCUUCGCGUACCUGCAGCAGCGGUUCAACCGGAAGAUACGCGGCGAGGAAGCGAGAUACGAAGCGCCCUUGUUCUCCAAGCAGAAAUCUGUCCACGAAGAUCGGAGAUUCCAUUGCGUUUCGAUAAUAUCGCCGUCGCCCUCAUUCGUCUCGUCUCGCGCGCCCUUGCUGUCGCCGAGGUGCGCGAAGAAGAGCUUCGACCAGGCCGCACUUGCGAACGUACGUAGAUGGAAGUCCGACGAGUCACCGGCAAGAGCGAAGAAAACCGAACCAAAUCUAUGUCGGCAGGGAUCCGUCACACCUUGCAGGGGAUUGUCACCGUCGGCUCAUCGUUGCCGCGCAACUUUGAAAUUCGACGAUGAGGACGACGAUGAAGCGAAAGAAGAACGGAGACAACAACCGGCGGCGGUUCGUGUGAAUGUGACGGACGAUCCGAAUCUGCCGCAACGAGAGAACAAGAGGCACUCUUCGUAUCCGCCAAAUUUACUGUCGUGCGUUAAAACGCGCUGGGACAGCUCCUCGUUUCUGGAAUCAACACUGACCUCUAGCGUCGACCUGCCUGCCGUGUCCGAUUAUAUCGGCGAUUAUCCACGAGAAGUGAAAUAUCAGGAUGAUACUUGUAAGCGCCAUAUAUUGCGAAACACCGCGACACCGCAUAGGUUGCGGGAUCGCUCGUUCAGACGAAGAAACAUUUUCUGCACGGUGAUAAGGAAAAUGGCCGUAUUUUGCAUUUGGCUGUUUAAGAAGCUGUUGCAUUUACUGAACAAUAGUUACAAGAGACUGCGACAGCUGAUCGACGUUUUCUCCUCGUCUUCCGAGGAUAUUUCGAGCCAGAGUCCACUUGAAAUGAAAGAAUUCGGCCGCAUGAUAGUUACGUUACGUUCCGAAAACGAAAAAGCACUGUGCGCAAUAUCGGAGAAAGUCGCGCGUCUUUCAAUGGAGGUUGUGCAGAUACGGACGAGCAUCGAAGCUGUCCUCGGUACUCUAACGACCGGGAUGGAUAACUUUCGUGAAGUCAACAGAAACAUGAACGAGAACAACCAAACGUUGGUGCAGGAGCUGAAGAAAUUACACGAGACGCUGGAGGAAAUCCGAUUGAAAUCCUCGCGACGUGUUUCGUCGUGUUUUCCGUCCUCUCCUCUUCCUCCUGUUCCGCCUUCUUCUCCGCCACCCUCGUUGGCAUUUCCAUCGAAAUACAUUACAGAAUCGGUAUCAUUCACACCACCACCACCACCACCACCACCACCUCCUCCUCCUCCUCCUCCUCCCGCUCCAUCUACUCCUCUCCAAUCAAUUUUUUUUCAAUUUCCAGCGCCGUCGGUACCACCGACAACUCCCAAUAACUACAGAAGCAACAGGAGUAGCGUGACACCUACGAGAAAAUGUUCCACGCCGUUGCUGAGCAGGCCCAGUAUCACCGUCGACGACCUCCUGAAAGUCACUCUGAAGAAGGCUCCGCAAAAUGUUAAGGACAACAGACGGAACAUAGUCCCGGGCCCGAAGGGACCGGUCGUAUCCCUGGACAUGCUGCGUAAUGUCAAAUUGAAAUCUGCCAGGCGCAGAAUCAACGAUCAGACCGGGAGAUCGCCUAGGAACGGACGAAUCAUGAAAAGUCGUACCGUCUCGACUCUCAGCCUGUCGCCGAUCACGACUGAAUCGGAGAACAAUCUGGAGCGAAUCUUGCUGCAGCAGGUGAAUAUAAGCCGACGCGAGCCAAGAAGACUUCUGUCCGGAUCGAUUAGCUUUCGUGAUCACGACUUCACUAAGGACGAUGCACGGCCUCAGUCGCUGGAAACGCUGAAGCACAGCCAGUCGCAAUCUGCGAUUGCGUAAUCAGGGACAAUAUUAAAUUCAGAAAUUAAAAUCAAUAAGACAUAUUUUAAAAUUAAAACAGGAUAUAACUCAAACAGCACGCACGAUAUCCCAUGGACGUUCUGUCUGUGACAUCGGACGUCCUCAGGACAUCUCCCGAGGUCCGUGCUGUCUGGGAAGAUACACGCGUUUAGACUCGUGGGCUCUGAGUCCUUCGUAUCAAAUAUCAAAAAGCGACAAGUCAUUUUUUUCGUUGUAACCGACAAAAAUUUGAGUCGAAAUAUUUUUAAUAAAAGUUAGCAUAGAUUCAUAAUUACUUUAUUUGUAGCUUUUAUGUGUCUGUGGUUUUACAGAAAAAAAGAUUGUAUCCGAUGUAACCGCAUUGAGAUUGUAGUACAGAGCGAUAAGAACGCAUGCGGAUCCAAAGAAAAAACGCAAAAAUUAGUCUUUCUCCGAAGAACGAUGAGUUGUUUUAUUAUUCGUUCAUGGUGGUCAGUGGACCAAUUGAUCCUUCGAUCGGCACAAAUUUAUAUCUCUUAAGCAAUAAGAAUCGACGUCCGAUGACGAAUCGAUCGAUGUUUAAAUUUUGUUUUAAUUUUAUUGUCCAAAAACACAACGGGAGAAAAUGGACAUCUAAAAUCUACGCCUGCGAAUUAUUACACAUAGCAUGUGCCAAUUUUUCCAACAGUGUCCGUAAAUUUUAAAGAAGGAUAUUAAAAAAGUUAUUUCUCGUCCCACGAAUGGCGCAUGAAAAAGCCAUGCUUUCCCAUAAUUUUCUUUUACCUUUAUAUCCAAUUUUAAUGUUUUUUUGACAUGUUGAUUUUUUUUUAUAAAAAAAGUUAGAUUUAAUGAAUCAAAAAUUAUGGGAAAACUUGAUUUUUUCACGUACUGCUCGUGAAGCAAAAAGCAAUCUAUUUUGAAGCGAGUACGACAGUAACGCUUCAGUCGACACGUUUAAUUGCAGCUGUAUAGCUUGUAUAGCUGCAAUUAAAUAUAUCAACUGUUUUCAAUAUAUCAAUAUUUAAUCUUUUAAACAAAGAGAUUCACGAAGAAUCAGAGAUUUAGGUUGUCUAAAGGAAAAUUCUAAAAACGACCGAUCUAAAAAAUAAUCUUCGGUCCAUCUUAUGGAUGAAGUAAUCAGAUCAAUCGUCUGUCUAGUAUAAUUCAUCGGUGUUCGGAGAUCACUAUUUUUCAUUCGUUGCCACUGACGCGUUUACGUACUUAAUUCUCUUCUUAAAACACUUGUUGCCGCACAAAUACUUAAUAAGUACUCUUUGAAAUAUACACAUGCACGCAUACAGCGUGUGUAACUGAAAUAGCUAAAUUGAGAAAUGGUUAAACUGAAACAGGUAGAUUUCAAGAUCAUGUUUCUACUCGCCGUAAGGUUGAAAGAAGGUGGCGUAGACACGAGGAACUUUUCCUCCCCGAGAUAUAAAUACAUUCUUUUACGAUAGAAUUUUCUAAUAAUAAUAAUAAUAAUAAUAAUAAUUACACUGAUCGGUGAAUCUAUAGAAUCGCAUUCUCCCUAUUCUCUCGAUUUAAAUCCCUUCAAUUCCUACUUGCGGACACACUUCGAAACUCUCGUACAUACCAUUUCCGUUGAAAUAUUGUUAUUGCUUCGUGUGAAAAUUAAUGGACUACACACUCCCAAAGUUUGGCCAUCUAUUUUAGUUACACCCUGUGUGUGUGUGUGUGUGUGUGUAUUGGUAUGUAUAUGCCAAGUACACAUACACUACACACAUGUGUAUAUUUCAGAGUAUGAAAUAUAUAUAUAUAUAUAUAUAUUUAUUUAUAUAUAUAUUUAUAUAUGCACGUGCGUUUAUAGCCUAUGAUAGCUUCCGCUCUGGCUCCGCAGUUCUUAAUUUAGAGCUCUGUUUACCUGCACAGUUUUCGCGCAAUUUAAUCUCCUCUCGAUUAAUAAUCAACUUCGAUCAUCGUGUACGUAUGACGUUGAUCCUACCUGUCCCACUAAGAUGAUCCUUCGCGUCAAGAGAUUGGUCUUUUCUUUUUGUUCUUUUUCUUUCCUUCGUCUUUUUUACCUUACUUAUUACGCUCUUACAAUUACACAUUUCGCAAAUAUACUUACUUAUCUCUUACGGAUGUCGAUUGAUAUUACUUAUUCCUCAUAACGUAUCGUUUUGUAACACGAUUAUCAAUUUUUUUUUUAUAAUCGUUAUAAUACCUAGAUACAAGGGCGCGAUGGACAUCAAUUUCUUUUUUUUUCACAGCGUGCAGAGCUUGCAAACCGUAAUGUCUCUCUCUCUCCGGAUCGUUAUUGUAGAACUAUUCGCUUUUUUGCUGCGCUUUAUAUCCGGCGUCUGCAAUCUCUCUCUCUCUCUUUCUUUCUCUCGUCGCGUUAUUAUCAGCGAGAAAACUGAGCGAACUUGUUGGUAAUGGAUUUUGGUAAUUCUAGCUCUAUAGUUACUUGUUUGAUAAGGUUUUAAUGCGUAAAAUGGUCAGUAGUAAUCGUAAACGCUAAGCUUACCUCGUCAGUUUGAAGAAAGAGUAUAUUUUUUUUUCACUGUAAAUCUACGAUUCCGACAGACUCCUUAUUACAAGAAGAAGAAUGGAAUGUCUCAACGUGAAACGUUGAUGGAAUGGCUCGUCGAUGAAUCGCGGCAGAUGGAUAAUUACAGACACGGAUCGAUUAUCGUGUAUCUGGAUGGAAAAA